AUGGAAACAAAUGUAUGCAUUCAACAUGAUUUAACAUCUGAAGGCUUGUCCAACAAAAACAAAUCCUAUGCUACGGAUAUGGAAACCAGUUCUGAUCCAACCUAUUUAUUACCGGAUUAUUCAAAAUUGUCGGAUAGUCAAUUUAUACAAACAUUAUUAGCAUCAACAUCAACUAUUAUAAAUCAAGAUAACCUUAUUGAAGUAUUGAAUCAGAAAAACAUAUUCAUAUUUAUUCGUGCACUUACACAAUUACUCAAUCGAUUAAAUUAUUCUAAAUUACAACAUGAACAAUGGUCAUACUAUUAUAAUCUUGGCAUGACCGAAGGUAUUUGGAAUGGUCGAGUAUCUAAAAAAAUGGCUGAUGCGAAUUCAAUGUGUUAUACUUAUGGUCGAUCCAAACAUUUAAUUAAACAACGUCUUGAUAAACAUAAACUUCAAUAUGAAAAAGCUCAACAGGCUCUUGAUGAACAUAUGAAAAAUACACCAUCCAUUAUGGAUAUGAACAAUAUUAUUAAUAUGAUCCAUAAUUUAAUCGAAAAAGAUCAAUAUCAAUUACGACUUCAACUUGAAAGUCGAAAAACAAUGCUUCGACUGGACGCUGAAGAACAUCAACUCAUUGAAACCUUUUAUGAACUAAAGCCAAGACAAACUGAAAUAAAAUCAGCAAAGAUUAUAUGGAAAGCUAUACAUGAACAACAAAACAUAAUCGAUGAAAUUGCUAUAUUUAAGAAAUGGCUUGAAGUUCACGCACAAGCAUCAUCAUAUACACUUCAAGAUGUUCAACUACCAAAAAUAAAUCAUAUCUUCAUAUCACUAUGCUUUCAAGUUCCCACAUCAACUGCCAAACAUAUCGCUGAACUAACAAUAGCCAAAGCCGAACAAAUAGUACAAAACCACAACAAAAUAAUAAACAAUGAAAAAAAUAAGUUACAAUGUACAAGAUCUCACCAUAAAAAUGUUCAACUACUCGAUCAAAUCAUCAAUAUCAUCAGCCAACGUGAACAUAAUAUGAAACAACGUCGUGAUCAUGAACAAUUAGGAAAAGUCGCAAACAUAUUCAACCAAACCACUCUUACACAGACGGGUAUACAACUCAAUAUACAAAGUACCUCAACACAAUAA